GGUUGAUUUAGUUACUAUUAGCUCUUCAGUUGCCAGUUGCAAGAUGUCAACCUUCAAGGACAAAGUAAUUAUUGUCACCGGCGCCAGCUCUGGCAUUGGAGCUGGUUGUGCUGUCCACCUGGCUGGCCACGGUGGCCUCCUGGUAAUAGUGGGUCGCAAUGCCAGCAAUUUGAAGGAAACGGCUGAGAAAAUCGUAGCCGCCGGUGGAUCAGAGCCCUUGAAGGUGAUAGCUGACAUGACCAAGGAGUCGGAGGUGGAGGAGAUAGUAACCGCCACUCUAGCUAAGUACGGGCGUAUCGAUGUUCUGGUCAAUAAUGCUGGCAUCCUGGAGACCGGUUCUAUUGAGAAUACCAGCCUGGAGCAGUUUGAUCGCCUAAUGAACACCAAUGUGCGCUCCUUGUAUCAACUCACAAUGCUGGUCACUCCAGAGCUGAUCAAGACCAAGGGCAAUAUUGUGAACGUGUCCAGUGUGUGCGGCUUAAGGUCUUUUCCAGGUGUUUUAGCUUACAACGUAUCCAAGGCUGCCGUGGAUCAGUUCACGGCCUGUGUGGCCCUGGAAUUGGCCCCUAAGGGAGUUCGUGUAAAUGCCGUGAAUCCCGGCGUGAUCAUCACCGACAUCCACAAGCGCGGCGGCAUGGACGAGGAGGCCUACGCCAAGUUUCUUGAGCACUGUAAGGUUACUCAUGCCUUGGGUCGGCCUGGAGAUGUCAAUGAAGUGGCGGCGGCUAUCGCAUUUCUUGCCAGCGAUGCAGCCAGCUUUAGCACAGGUGUUAGUCUGCCCGUUGACGGCGGUCGCCAUGCCAUGUGCCCACGAUGAUUAACGAAAGGAGAUUCAAUCAACUUUUGCAUUUAAUAAACUUUUUGAAUAUUAUAAAGAAAUAUCUUUUACCUGAUAUUUAGAGAUCCUAAAAAUCUGUCAUUGAGUUAUAAUUCCUUGUUAUACAAAUGGUAUUAUAAUAUAAAUAACGAUAGGUCGAACAAUAGCUAUAAAAGUAAUUUCGAUCUGUUUAAAAACCAA